CCAUGCCGUGCGGGUUUUUUCGGCCGCGAAUGCCUGUUCGUCUGCCACUGUGCCGGUGAAAAGCCGUGUGACGACACAUCCGGUAGAUGCGCAAACGGUUGCGCAGACGGAUGGACUGGCGCCUCGUGUCAAAGAGAGAAUAUAGCGUUCCGUCGGCGGACCAGCCAGAAAAGUGCGACUGCCGGCAACGACGCCGAUGGUGCUAUGGCAGUUGACGACAACGCCGAUACGUGUACUCACACCCGGCCCGGGUCGCCUGGCUGGUGGUCCGUGACGUUGGAUAAUGACGUCACCGUCAAUAGCUUAUCUAUAUUAACUGAGAGAAACGCCAGUCUCUUUGACUGGAAAGUUUACGUGGGGACAGAAGACAGUGUGCUCACCAUGGACCUCUGCACGAGCGCACGUGUCACGAGCAGUGGUGCCACCUUGCGGUGUGACGGUAUAGCACGCGGAAGUCACGUGAUGGUUGUCAAUCGAGCAGGACAGAGUGCAGUCCAUUCUGGUUCGGGACAACCUGCGAUUAUACCUGCAACUGCAAGACCGUUUCGGAAGUUUGUGACAGUGUGUCAGGCGCAUGCGUGA